GUUUCAAAGAACAUAAUAAGCAAAAAAAAAAAUCAAACUCGAGAUAUUUUCUAUAUUAAGUCAAAGAGAAUAGGAUACGUCAAAUAGAGUAAUAUUAAAUCUAGCCACUUGUAGAUGUUUUGAAGUCAAAAAUACAGAUAACAUCAUUUGUGUUGUAGCUUAAACGCUGUCUUUACAACUAUAAAUUUCAUAUAAAACAAAAAAGCAUUUUUAUAACGUCUGUAGAAACAGUCCACUACCAUUUUUAUGGUCUCCCUCGCAGGUUCAAAAUGCACUUGAAAGCUAUCUUUUAUUCAUUUAUCAUAAAAAACUUGCGAGCAGAUUUUUCUUUUUUGCGUAGAAAUUUUCUUACAAGUUUGUAAAGGAAAGCAAUGCUAUAUCAAGCUCAUCGUUGUCCAGUAACAAUUUAUGACUAGAAUAUUCUUGUUUGAAAUUUCUUACCUGACAACAUGGGUACUGAGGGACUCAUAGCAUCAUUUUUACCAUAUAUAAAAAAUUAUUUAUGGAAUUAUACACCAGUAACUUUACGUCGUUAUAUUAUUUGUCACAAUUCCAAUACGUUUCAAAAAUUUCUGUUUCGAAAUUGUAUAAAAGCUCCAGAGUCGAUCGAACGAUACGACGCAUUCAUUUCGAAAUAUUUCCAACCUGAUUCUUCUGCAAAAACACCUGUUGUGGAUUAUAAGAGACAGCAAGCACGUGGAACGUACGUUUCAGGAAGCGAUGUCUAUUUUAGUAAUCCGCAUAUUGCACAAAAGCUUACCAAUUUCACUCAACCGUACUCCGUACAAGAAAUUGAAACACGAAAGAAAAAUCAAUAUUACAAUAUGAAACAUUUCUUUACCUCAUUGAUUUUUGGAUUUAUAAUUUACGAUUACAAGCAAAGUCGCCCCAUUGUAUGGUGUAAUACACAAUGUCAUUGACACUGGGUUGAAAAAAACAUCAGCAAUCAUACGAUAAUCCUUCCAUGCUUCAAACUUGUUUUAUGACAACUAGUUCCCGUUAACUACCCUACACGUUUUCAUAACAUUACAAUUAUUAACGAUUUAAUUUAUGCUGCAUUAAACAUCAUGUUCACAAAUAAACCUUAUACCAUCUAUGUUUAAAGAAGACUUUUUUAUUCACUAAAACUUUAUUAUCAGCCUAAAGAGAAACGACACUAUAUUAUUUUUUGUUUUUGUUUCUAUAUAUAAAAUUAAAGUUCCCAAUGUAGACAGUGCUUUCCUAAACGUCAAUAGUACACACAAUUGGGUAAAUGUAACCUCA